AUGGGAACGUGCUUGGAUAAAGGAUGGAUUUACUGCGGCCUCACUAAAGGUCACGGUCCUCUAAAGGUCAUGUCAUGGCCCCUGGCUCUGUGGCUAUUGACUCUAAUCUCUGUGAAUCAAAAGAUGACUGUUGGACAGACUUUGAACAUCUUCCAAUCAGAGCGGAGGGAGUGGCCACUGAACCACCUCACCGUGCACCAGUCCACUGGGGCUCUGUACGUCGGAGCCGUCAACCGAAUCUACAAGUUGUCGGCGAAUCUCACCCUCCUGGUGUCCCAUGACACAGGGCCAGAGUAUGACAACAAAGCAUGUUAUCCUCCACUGAUUGUCCAGCCUUGCUCUGAGCCUUUGGCCUCUACUGACAACGUUAACAAACUGUUGCUCAUCGACUACUCUCACAACCGGCUGCUGGCCUGCGGCAGCCUCUACCAGGGCGUCUGCAAGCUGAUGAGGCUGGACGACUUGUUCAUCCUUGUAGAGCCCACACACAAGAAAGAACACUACCUGUCCAGUGACAACCAGACGGGGACAAUGUAUGGGGUUGUUGUGCCCUCACAGGGUCAGGAUGCCACUCUAUACAUUGGCACAGCUGUUGGAGGAAAGCAGGACUACUUCCCAACAAUCUCCAGCCGCAAGCUGACUGGUGACCCAGAAUCUUCUGCGAUGCUGGACUAUGAGCUUCACACUGACUUUGUUUCAUCUCUCAUUAAAAUCCCCUCAGACACACUAGCUCUUGUCCCACACUUUGACAUCUACUACAUCUAUGGCUUUGCUAGCGGCAGCUUCGUCUAUUUCAUGACAGUCCAGCCGGAGACUCCAGAGAACGGGAUGCCUGCAGGCGGCUCCCCUGGCGACCUGUUUUACACCUCUCGCAUCAUCCGCCUCUGCAAAGGUGACACCAAGUUCCACUCCUAUGUGUCGCUUCCUGUGGGGUGCGUACACAGAGGCGAGGAGUACCGUCUGCUGCAGGCGGCUUACCUGACCAAAGCCGGCAGGGUUCUGGCAAAGUCGCUCAACAUUAGCGCUCAGGAGGACGUGCUCUUUGCUGUGUUCUCCAAGGGACAGAAGCAGUACCACGAUCCUCCAGAUCACUCCGCUCUCUGCAUCUUCACCAUCCAAGACAUCAACACACGCAUCAAGGAGCGGCUACAGUCCUGCUACCAGGGAGAAGGAAACCUGGAGCUGCACUGGCUGCUGGGAAAGGACGUGCAGUGCACCAAGGCGCCUGUUCCCAUUGAUGAUCACUUCUGCGGCCUGGAUAUAAACCAACCCCUGGGGGGUUCUCAGCUGGUGUCGGGUCGGACAGUGUUCACCGAGAGCAGGGACAGGCUGACCUCUGUCACCUCCUACAUCUACAACGGACAGAGUGUGGUCUUUCUAGGCACCAGAAGUGGACGGUUGAAGAAGAUAAGGGUGGACGGCCCUCUGGAGGGAGGAGUGCUGUACGAGACAGUGACUGUGAUGAAGGAUAGCAGCGCCAUCCUCCGGGACAUGGCCUUCUCCCUGGACAGGAACUCUCUCUAUGUCAUGUCUGACAAUCAGGUGGCUCAGGUCCCUGUGGAGGCCUGCGAGCAGUACGGUACAUGUGCUGAGUGCCUGAGCUCUGGUGACCCCCACUGUGGCUGGUGUGUCCUGUACAACAUGUGCUCGAGGAGGGAUCGGUGUCAUAGGGCGGAGGAGACCUUCCGUUUCGCCACUGACAUUGACCGCUGUGUGAAAGUUAUCGCUCACCCGGACAGCAUUGCUGUAUCAGCACAUAGCGUCCCUCUUCUGCUGGAGGUGAAUAAUGUUCCAGACCUUUCUGCUGGAAUCACCUGUUCAUUUGGACAGCAAGCCCAAGUGGAGGGCCACGUCAAGGGGAACAGGGUAAUGUGUCUGUCCCCUGCUGGGAAGGAGGUUCCUCAGAUACCAGAGGGACAAGAUUGGGCUGGCGUAGAGCUUCGUCUAAACUCAAAGGAGACGGGUCAAAUGGUCGCCAGCACGGAGGUGAAGUUCUACAACUGCAGCACACAUCAAACGUGUCUGUCCUGUGUAAACAGCACUUUUCGCUGCCACUGGUGUAAAUACCGCAACCUGUGCACCCACGACCCAAGCAGCUGUUCUUUCCAGGAGGGCAGAGUCAAUGCCUCAGAGGAUUGCCCUCAGCUCCUUCACUCUGGGGAAAUUCUCAUUCCGGCCGGCGAGGUCCGACCCAUCACCCUGAGGGCCCGAAACCUUCCCCAGCCACAGUCGGGCCAGCGGGGCUACGAGUGUGUGGUGCACGUGCAGGGUGUCAGCCACCGUGUUACGGCGCUGCGCUUCAACAGCACCAGUGUGCAGUGCCAGAACAGCUCGUACAUGUACGAGGGUGUGAAGAUCAGUGACCUGGCAGUGGACCUCUCCAUCGUAUGGAACGGCAAUUUCAUCAUCGACAAUCCCGAGAAGAUUAAAGUGCACCUCUACAAGUGCAGCGCUCAGCGGGACAGCUGUGGCAUGUGUCUGCGGGCGGAGAGGAAGUUUCAGUGUGGCUGGUGCAGCGGUGAGGGCCGAUGCACCAUGAAGCAGCACUGUCCUCCCAUCUCCCCCUACGCAAGCCGCUGGCUGGACCUCUCUGCCAGGAAUGUCAAGUGUACCAACCCACGCAUUACUGAGGUGAGCCCAGUGGCAGGACCUCUGGAGGGGGGUACACUGGUCACCAUCCAGGGCCUGAACCUGGGUCUGUCCUUCUCUGAGCUGGAGGGUAACGUGGAAGUGGCAGGAGUGCAAUGCACCCCACAGGAAGAAGGAUAUAUCACUGCAGAACAGAUUGUGUGUGAGAUGGCUGUGGCUCCUAAAGGAAGUGCGCCGGGUCCAGUUAAGCUCUGUGUUGGCGAAUGUAGACCAGAACUACGCGCACAGUCCACCCAGUUCUAUUCCUUUGUGGCCCCCUCGAUGCUGGCACUGACCCCGGGCAGAGGACCUGAAUCAGGGGGGACCAAAGUCACCAUCGUUGGCGAGAAUCUGGGUGCUGGCAGCACUGUUAAUGUGUACUUUGGCAAUCAGACCUGUGAGAUGUACAGGAGGACCAUGUCGGAGAUUGUGUGCUUCUCUGCACCAUCAGUGACGGGAGCGGGGCCAGUGCAGGUCAGUUUGAGUGUCGAUCGGGCCAAAGUUCCUGGGAGUCUGGCUUUUGAGUACAUAGAAGACCCCACAGUCCAGCGCAUUGAACCCCAGUGGAGCAUUACCAGUGGACACACCACCCUGACAGUGACUGGCACCAACCUGGAUGUAGUUCAGGAGCCGCGAGUCAGAGUCAAAUAUGCGGGCCACGAAUCUGUCAAUGUUUGUAAAGUGCUGAACACAACCACUAUCAGCUGCUUCGCUCCCUCUCUGAAGGCAGAGUACACCGCAGACCAGGAGACGAUCAAACACGUGGACGAGUUUGGCUUCGUCUUCAACAACGUCCAAGCUCUGCUCACGUACAACAACACAAGCUUCGUCUACUACCCCAACCCUUACCUGGAGCCCCUCAGCCUAUCAGGUGUUCUGGAGCAGAAACCCGGAGCUCCCAUCAUACUCAAAGGGCGUAACCUGGUGCCAUCUGCAUCUGGUGGAGCCAGGCUGAAUUACACGGUGCUGAUUGGGGAUACGCCCUGUUCUCUCACUGUGUCCGACACUCAGUUACUCUGUGAACCACCAAACCUCACCGGGCAGCACAAAGUCCUGGUCCAAGUAGGAGGACUCCACAUCUCCCCAGGAGAGGUUCACAUUCGGUCCGACAGCCUGCUCACCCUCCCUGCCAUCUUUAGCAUCACAGCUGGAGGAGGGCUGCUCCUCAUCAUCGUCAUUAUAGUCCUACUGGCCUACAGACGAAAGUCACACGAGAACGACCUCACUCUGAAGCGUCUGCAGAUGCAGAUGGACAAUCUGGAGUCCCGAGUGGCUCUGGAGUGCAAGGAGGCCUUUGCAGAACUCCAGACAGAUAUCAACGAGUUAACCAGUGAUCUGGACAGAGCUGGCAUCCCCUACCUGGACUAUCGCACUUAUGCCAUGAGGGUUCUCUUCCCCGGCAUCGACGAUCACCCUGUGCUGAGAGAGCUGGAGGUGCCGGGGAGCGGACAAGCAAAUGUGGAGAAAGCCUUGAAGCAGUUUGCUCAGCUGGUGAAUAACAAGGUUUUCCUGCUGACAUUCAUCCGUACACUGGAGCUGCAGCGCUCUUUCUCCAUGCGUGACCGCGGUUACGUCGCCUCGCUCAUCAUGACCGCACUGCAGGGACGGCUGGAGUACGCUACAGACAUCCUCAAACACCUGCUCUCAGACCUUAUAGAACGCAACCUGGAGAGCAAAAACCACCCCAAACUACUCCUGCGCAGAACAGAGUCGGUGGCAGAGAAGAUGCUGACAAAUUGGUUUGCCUUCUUGCUUCACAAAUUUCUCAAGGAGUGUGCUGGCGAGCCUCUCUUCAUGCUGUUCUGUGCCAUCAAACAGCAAAUGGAGAAGGGACCCAUAGACUCCAUCACUGGAGAAGCCCGCUAUUCCCUCAGCGAGGACAAGCUCAUUCGACAGCAGAUUGAAUACAAGACGCUGACGCUGAGCUGUGUGAACCCAGACAAUGAGAACAGUCCAGAAAUCCCAGUCAAGGUGCUCAACUGUGACACCAUUACCCAGGUAAAGGAGAAGAUCCUGGAUGCGGUGUACAAGAACAUGCCCUACUCACAGCGACCACGAGCUGCAGACAUGGAUCUAGAGUGGCGGCAGGGCAGAACAGCUCGUGUGGUCCUCCAGGAUGAGGACAUCACCACUAAAAUAGAAAGCGACUGGAAGAGACUCAACACGCUCAUGCACUACCAGGUGUCUGAGCGCUGUGUAGUGGCCUUGGUGCCCAAGCAGAUGUCCUCUUUCAACAUUCCUUCCUCAGCCAGCUUCCCACGCAGCAUCAGCAGAUACGGUGUGGACGUACCCUUCCGCUCCACACCCACCAGCCCCGACAGCCCCCACUCCCGUGUGCCCAUGCUGACCCCUGACCUGGAGAGCGGGGUCAAAGUUUGGCACUUAGUCAAGAACCACGACCACGGGGACCAGAAAGAGGGAGAACGCGGCAGCAAGAUGGUGUCGGAGAUCUACCUGACGAGGCUACUAGCAACAAAGGGCACGCUGCAGAAGUUUGUGGAUGACCUGUUUGAGACUCUGUUCAGCACAGUGUGUCGGGGCACCGCCCUGCCUCUUGCAAUCAAAUACAUGUUUGACUUUCUGGACGAGCAGGCUGACAGACACGGCAUCCAUGACAUGGAUGUUCGCCACACGUGGAAGAGCAACUGCCUGCCACUGCGUUUCUGGGUAAAUGUGAUCAAGAAUCCCCAGUUUGUGUUUGACAUCCAUAAAAGCAGCAUCACGGACGCCUGUCUCUCUGUGGUGGCCCAAACCUUUAUGGACUCUUGCUCAACGUCUGAACACCGUCUGGGCAAAGACUCACCCUCCACCAAACUACUCUAUGCCAAGGACAUACCGCAUUACAAAAGUUGGGUAGAAAGGUACUAUGCUGACAUCAACCGCCUGCCUGCCAUCAGUGAUCAGGAUAUGAAUGCCUAUCUGGCUGAACAGGCUCGCCUUCACUCCAGCGAGUUCAAUGUGCUCAGUGCCCUCCAUGAGAUCUACACUUACGUCAGCAAGUACAGCCAAGAGAUCAUUGAAGCCCUGGAGCAGGAUGAACAGGCCCAGAAGCAGAAGUUGGCAUAUAAAGUGGAGCAGAUCAUCACAGUCAUGUCUACAGAGAGCUGA